UGGGGGAAGGGUCUGGUCAAGGGGGAAGCCUGGCUCGGCUGCCGCCCGCGGGCUAGGGGGACCCCGGCCACAGGGCACCCGCAGCCCUCCCUGAGCUCUUCCUCCAGGCUGCGCCUCGCUCUUCCCUCCAUGUGGGCAGAGGGUGACACAACUGCUCCAUUACGGGAAGGGUUGGCGAGCUGUAACCGGGGCUGUCCCCGCUGCGCCGAGCCCCCAGGGCGCUCCGCCACCGCCGCCUGGCCGGAGCCCAGGGUGCGCUGUUAGACAGCGGCCGGGCUCCAGCCCGGAGCUGGCUGCCUUAGAGAAGGAGCCGUGUGUUGCUACUGAGUUCGUGGUGCGCUUUGGGGGCCCUUGAGAUGGAAGAAGCUGUGUAAUGGUAGGGCUUUGUCUCUGCCUGCAAAUGAAUCGAAGGACAUUUGAAGGUAGACACCUCUUUUGUGCUGUGGUGGCUCGCUGGCAGGAUCGCUUGUCAAAUAUCAAGUCAGGUGUAAUAGGUGGCAGGUAUAAGGUUGUCACGGAAUAAAAUGGAUGGUAGCUUUGAUUGUGAUUGUGGUGAGCUGGAGCCACCUGAUCAUUAACAGAAGGCGUCUUUUGUAAAUCAAGAUCCGCCAGUUUCCUGUUUAACUAGACUGUAAACAAAGGAGGAAGAAAAGGAAGAAAAAACAUAGUGCUUACCAGCACCAUAGAAUGACGCUGCUCAGGACCAGUCCAACACUGAAUGUAUCUGCACUGUGAGGAGGAGGAUGUUAAUAGAAGUCUAUUAUGUGCAUAUUUAUUCACAUUUUUGUUAAAUGUUACCCAGUUGCAUGGUAGAGCUGAGUGCAUAGUAUGUCAUUUCAUUUCGUUUGAGUUUCUUGUGAGUAUUUUCUUUAAUGUCUGCAGAGAUUCUGCACCUUUCUUGAACUAUGAAUGCUGCAAUCUUUCUAUCUUAUGCUCAGUUUGAGUUAUAGCGUUUGUCGGCUCUAAAUUUAAGGGGACACAACAGGCCUGGUUGGCUAAUAAUGCAAUGAGAGUGUCAAAAAACCAUAUUGCAGUCAAAGCCAAGUUUUUCUUCUCCCUUUCUGUAAGAUCUUUCCUUCAGAUACCAGUGGAAGAGUGUCUACGUAUUUACAGAAGCUUGGUAGCUUAAGAGGAAAAAGAAACUUGAAGAAUUUCAAAAUGGCAGAAAAGUUUGAAAGUCUCAUGAACAUUCAUGGUUUUGAUCUGGGCUCUCGGUAUAUGGACUUGAAACCACUGGGCUGUGGUGGAAAUGGCUUAGUUUUUUCUGCUGUCGAUAAUGACUGUGAUAAAAGAGUGGCUGUCAAGAAAAUUGUCCUCACAGAUCCUCAGAGUGUUAAACAUGCUCUACGUGAGAUUAAAAUUAUUAGAAGACUUGACCAUGAUAACAUUGUGAAAGUAUUUGAAAUUCUUGGUCCCAAUGGAAGCCAGUUAACGGAUGAUGUGGGCUCCCUUACGGAACUGAACUGUGUUUACAUUGUUCAAGAGUACAUGGAGACGGAUCUGGCUAACCUGUUAGAGCAGGGCCCUUUACUGGAAGAACAUGCCAGGCUUUUCAUGUACCAGCUGCUACGUGGGCUCAAGUAUAUUCACUCUGCAAAUGUUCUGCACAGAGAUCUCAAACCAGCUAAUCUUUUCAUUAAUACGGAAGACUUGGUGCUGAAGAUUGGCGACUUUGGUCUUGCACGGAUCAUGGAUCCUCAUUAUUCCCAUAAGGGCCAUCUUUCUGAGGGAUUGGUUACUAAAUGGUACAGAUCACCCCGUCUCCUACUUUCUCCUAACAACUACACUAAAGCCAUUGACAUGUGGGCUGCAGGUUGCAUCUUUGCUGAAAUGCUGACUGGGAAAACCCUCUUUGCAGGUGCACAUGAGCUUGAACAGAUGCAGCUGAUUUUAGAGUCAAUUCCUGUUGUGCAUGAGGAGGACCGUCAGGAGCUUCUCAGUGUAAUCCCAGUUUACAUUAGAAACGAUAUGACUGAGCCGCACAAACCUUUAACUCAGCUGCUUCCAGGCAUCAGUCCUGAAGCACUGGACUUCCUGGAGCAAAUUUUGACAUUUAGUCCCAUGGAUCGAUUGACAGCAGAAGAAGCUUUGUCCCAUCCUUAUAUGAGCAUUUACUCCUUUCCAACGGAUGAGCCCAUUUCAAGUCAUCCUUUUCACAUUGAAGAUGAGGUUGAUGAUAUUCUGCUCAUGGAUGAAAGUCACAGCCAUAUUUAUAAUUGGGAAAGAUACCAUGAAAGUCAGUUUUCAGAUCAUGACUGGCCUAUUCAUAAUAACUUUGAAGCUGAUGAAGUUCAGCGUGAUCCAAGGGCUCUUUCUGAUGUCACUGAUGAGGAAGAAGUGCAAGUAGAUCCUCGCAAAUAUUUGGAUGGAGAUCGUGAAAAGUAUCUGGAGGAUCCUGCUUUUGACACGCACUUCUCUACUGAGCCUUGCUGGCAAUAUCCUGAUCACCAUGAAAACAAGUACUGUGAUCUGGAAUGUAGCCACACUUGUAAUUACAAAAUGAGGUCAUCUUCGUACCUAGAUAACUUAGUUUGGCGAGAUAGUGAAGUUAACCAUUACUAUGAGCCCAAGCUUAUUAUAGAUCUUUCUAACUGGAAGGAGCAGAGUAAAGAGAAGUCUGAUAAGAAAGGCAAGUCAAAAUGUGAAAGGAAUGGAUUGGUGAAAGCUCAGAUAGCUCUUGAGGAAGCAUCACAGCAGCUUGUUGAAAAAGAAAGGGAGAAGAAUCAAGGGUUUGACUUUGAUUCAUUUAUAGCAGGAACCAUUCAACUCAGUUUACAACAUGAGUCUACUGAUGUUGAUAAAUUAAAUGACUUGAAUAGCUCAGUGUCCCAACUGGAAUUGAAAGCCUUAAUAUCAAAGUCAGUAAGCAGAGAGAAACAGGAAAAAGGAAUGGCCAACUUGGCACAGUUGGAAGCUCUGUACCAAACUUCUUGGGAUAGCCAGUUUGUAAGUGGAGGGGAGGAGUGCUUCCUCAUAGACCAGUUUUGUUGUGAAGUCAGGAAAGAUGAACAAAUUGAGAAAGAAAAUACUUACACCAGUUAUUUGGACAAGUUCUUUAGUAAGAAAGAAGAUACAGAAAUGCUAGAAACCGAGCCAGUAGAAGAUGGAAAGCUUGGGGAGAAGGAAAGAGAAGAGAGCUUUCUUAGUAACAGUGGGGAGUUUCUCUUUAACAAGCAGUUAGAGGCUAUAGGUAUCCCUCAGUUUCACAGUCCUGUUGGUUCACCACUUAAAUCAAUUCAGGCCACAUUAACACCUUCUGCUAUGAAAUCAUCUCCCCAGAUUCCCCAUAAAACAUACAGCAGCAUUCUGAAACAUCUAAACUAAAACACUCAGCAGACAUUUUUUUGUAUUCUUCAUGAGAUGUUUGUCUUUUUUUUUUAUUAUUAUUACUAGUGUAAGUAAUUUUUUUACUUGAAUCAGAUGGUGUAAUUUUGGUAUGGAUUUCAUUAACGUUCUGUUUACCAUCAUUUUUACAAUCCCAGAAUUACUUUCUAUACAUGAGUUAGUUUUUUGUUUUUAAACUGGCAUGUCGUUUGCACACAAAAUUAAAGAAUAGAGCAGAAUAAUGCAAAAUGUAGGAGGAAACAGAAAAAAAUGCACUAAACCAAGUAAAAACAUUCUGUCAGUAAAACAGUUGUCCAUGUUUUGCAGAAAAAAGAAUCUUGCCUUGAAAUUUACACAGUGAGACUGUACAUAAUUGCAUGAAAAUAUCUAUUUUUUCCCUGAAACAUUUUUUCAUUCGUGUAUUAGUUUUUCAUACUGUAUACAUUUCUUAGACACAUGAUACCAGCAGCAACUGAAAAUGAAUGCAGAAUUUGGUACGCAUGUGUUAUCUACCUCAAGGUAACAGCAGUAUGUGGCAAAACAUUAACCACCCAUAGUGCUUCUCAUAUGCACUUCUCUUUAGCCAGCAUUAUUAUAGUAGCUAUUUUUCCUGAAAAAUCAUUCAAUAUUUAUAAAUGUUCUGGUAUGCAUUCUUUAUAGUGAAGUGUUAAUAUGUGGCACUUUUAUUUAUUUUAACAAAUAAAUGUUUUCUGUAAUUACAGAACGUCAACUUAAUUUUUGAAGUUACUUGGCAAAUAAGGUUUUUGUUUAGCACUAUGGUUUAUUGCCUACAUAGCUGAAUAUAUAAUAACAUUGGCUUAUUCUGAGGCUGUCCAAUACAUUUUUUUUUAAAGUUUUCAUUUCACGUAAAGCACUCACUGUGUAUAGGAAUUUGUAAUUUGGGGGUGCUUGAUCUCUCUACAAAAAUUAGGAAUUGCUUUAUCAUAAAAUGCUCCUAGAAGUCUUAAUUGUGUUCAUUUUAAAAAAAAUUUUGUAAUGUUAGUUGUGUGCAUGGAAAUAAUUAAGGUACAUUAUUAUUGUAGGUUAAAAGUUAUAUAUGGUGAGACAUUUUGCUUUUACUGUAUGUUUUUACUGAAUAAUUCCCACCCCCAAAACAAGCAUGAAUAAAAUUAGGUUAAAUGUA